AUGGCGAAUGAAAUUAAGAAUGAGUCGAAAGCGCCACCAGCUUAUGGCCAAGAAGCUGCCGCCUGUUACGGCUCAAAAUCUCCGUACUAUAACUGGCAGGAAGCUGUACCUGAUACCGCUACUUUUCCACCGCCGCCAGCAUUAGGCUUCUUAUCGUCGAGAAACGGGAACGCCUCUAGAGAUGAUGCAGAACGUGCACAUGAAUUUUGUGACAAGUUUCCUCUACACCUGCCUAUUAAGCCAUCAGCUACUGAGUAUACGUCUGUACAAGAGCAUGACCUCCGUCCUGUGCUACCAAAAGAAUUUCAUGGUACCUUUGCCUUUGUUUCUCAGGGCUGCUGGAAGGGAUCUACCAGGACUAAAAAUGGUGAUAUUUUGAUAUCAACAAAUCUUCCACUCUAUUUUCCCACUUUGGACUCACCUUUUGUCACUGAGAAGAGUAAAACUAUAUACUUCGAAGUCAAACUACUCGGGCUCCGCGAAGGGCCGGGACCGGAGCCAGUAUCUACUGAUUCCAGUGGGCUUUCUAUUGGGUUUAUAGCACAUCCGUAUCCGUAUUGGCGGUCUCCCGGCUGGGAGAGAGGAAGCAUUGGCGUGUUCUCUGACGAUGGAUGUCGUUUUGUCAAUGAUUCAUGGGGCGGUAGAGAGUUCACAAGUGCAUUCGCUAUGGGUGAGACUGUGGGCUUGGGAAUGACUUUUCGUCACCCUGACAACUCAAACACAAAUUUGAAAAGUAAAAUCAAGAAGUGUAGAGUUGACAUCUUCUUUACGCGGAAUGGUUACCUGGAAGGAGGCUGGAACCUUCACGAAGAAGUUGAUGAAGAUGCUGGAAGCAUCGAGGGAUUGGAGGGAGACUUCGAUCUUUACGGUGCGAUUGGAUUGUUUGGGGGUGUAGACUUCGAGGUAUGCUUUAACCAGGCAGGUUGGUUAUGGAAGAUAUAG